AAUUCAAUAGCACCAUCAGUGAUCAGCCUUGUACCUCCAGAACCUAGAUCCUGAAGAAAAUAUGGUGAGGCUAUCAUGGCUGCACCUUGGCUUAUUUCUCAUUGUUAUCAUUUCCUUUUCCAUUGGAGUUCUAGACGCUGGUGGGGAAGGCUCACUUCUCACAGAAGAGUGUCCAAGCGCCUGUGACUAUCGGUGUUCAGAAACACAUCAUCCGAAGCCUUGUUUAUUCUACUGCAACCAAUGCUGUGACAAAUGUCUGUGCGUUCCCUCGGGCACAUAUGGACACAAGGAAGAAUGUCCAUGCUACAACAACUGGAAAACUAAGGAAGGUGGGCCCAAGUGCCCAUGAAGUGGUAAACCUUGAUAAAGCGAGAAUGCAGCCGAAAA